AUGGAGGCGGACUCAACCGGAGGCCCACCCCCAGAUGUCGACGAAGGUGAAACGGCUGCUCACACUGGGGUUGGUGUGAAGCGAUUUCGUUCAAGGGAGGAGAAGGAUUCUCCACAUAAACUGAAUGAAGAGAUAAUUGAGAAUAGAUCCUCACAUCAAGAGGAGUUGUCAAGAUUUUCUUAUCGCCAUGUCCUUAUGCAUGGUGAUAUUGAGAUGCAAUCAGAGGAUGCGGAAUCAAAUGAAGGCGGAGAGAGGUCUGAAGAUUAUGAAUCAGAGGAUGAUGCAAUGGAGAACAAGGUUGAUGGCCCCUACAUUUGGCUCACUAAGGAAGAUAAGCGACGAAUCAGACAGCCAUGGAAGAACACGUUGAUUGUGAAAUUACUUGGGAGAGAUAUCAGUUACACUUACUUAUGUAACCGAGUGAGACAGUUAUGGUCCGUGGUGGGUGAUUUCCAAGCAAUCAAUUUGAAUAAUGGUUUCUAUUGCUUUAAGUUCUCCAAGAAAUCAGACUAUAGUCAUGUUUUACUAGAUGGUCCUUGGAUAAUAUUGGGUCAUUAUCUCACAAUAAGACGUUGGUCCCCUAACUUCCGAUCAGAGGAUGCCUCUAUAGAAUCAGUGGCUGCGUGGGUACGUCUCCCACGUAGGCCUUUAGAAUUUUAUGAUAGGGAAAUCCUCUCAAGGAUUGGGGAUGAGUUGGGAAGAACAGUCAAGGUUGAUCGUACCACAUCAACCGUAUCUAGAGGAAAGUUUGCAAGAUUAUGCGUGGAAUUGGAUUUAAAUAAGCCUUUAGUAGCAAAAGUUUUUAUCGCUAAACAGAGGGAGCAGGAAAGCCACAUCGUGGAAGAAGCCAUGAACAUAACAAAAAAAAAUGUUAUUCAUGAGAAGGAUUAUGACUCUGCGCGCUAUGGGCCAUGGAUGGUAGCUAAGAGGUACACCAGACGCAACACAG